CGAAAAUGGUAGCUAUUACAAUUGAGAUUACAUCAAAGGAGUGGAUUAAGCCAUCUUCUCCAACACCCCAUGAGAAAAAACACCACAAACUCUCAUUUAUUGAUCAAUUCCAGCCACCAAUUUAUGUCCCUCUCAUUUUCUUCUACCCAAAAGACGAUUCGUCAUCAUCAUCAUCUUCCCAUCAGCCCACAAGAUACCAUCUUCUGAAACAAUCCUUAUCAGAUGCUCUAACAAAAUUUAACCACUUAGCCGGAAGAAUCACCGGAAAUCUCUCCGUUCACUGCAACGAUCUCGGCGCGCUGCUUGUAGAAGCUAAAGUUCAAACUGCCUUAUCAGAAGCAGCGAAAAACAUCCCGGUAGCCCAACUCAACGAGUUUCUUCCAAUAGAGCCAUACGCAUCUCCGAAUGAUGAUGAAAUUCCAUUAUUAGCUGUUCAAAUCAGUUCUUUUGAAUGCGGAGGCACGGCGGUUGGUGUUUGCAUUUCUCAUAAGAUCGCUGAUAUUUCGUCGCUGAUGAACUUCGUAAAUUACUGGUCUGCCUUGAGCCGGGGUGGAAAUUCAAAUACAUCAGUCCAACCAAUAUUUGAUAUACCAUCCAAACUUUUUCCUCCGGUACCGGAAGACUCAGCGUUUCCAAACUACAUUAAUGUCGAGAAAAAACUGAUAUGCAAGAGGUUUAUGUUCGACAAGGAAAGGUUGUCGGAGCUCAAAAAACACGCCUCCUUAGAUGAGUUUUAUGGUUUGGAGGUGAAAAACCCGACUCGGGUUGAAGCGUUAUCGGCUUUUAUAUGGAAGCAAAUCAUCAAUGCCUCGCGGGCCAAAGGCGAAACGAAAAGUGUUUAUGUUGCGAGCCAAACAGUGAACCUGAGAAGCAGAAUGAAGAGCUUGAAAUAUGACAGUAAUUUGUUUGGUAACGUUUUUGUUUAUUCACUAGCUUCAUUAACUUCUUGGCCACUAGGAAAUCAGCUUCACGAAUUAGUAUGGAUGUUUAGGACAGCGAUUCGAAGAAUUAAUGAUGAUUACAUCAACCUGGUUCGAAGUGGUGUUCCGUAUUUGAAUGCAUUUUAUAAACCUGGUGGAAUCCUAUCGAAUCCUGAAGAGGUACAAGUUUGUAAGUUUACGAGUUGGUGCAGAUUGGGUGCUUAUGAAGUGGAUUUCGGAUGGGGAAAACCGAUCACCGUUUCUACGGUGGCGCCGGAGAUUAAGAAUGGCGUAAUUUUACUGAGUACUAAGGGAGAUGAGGGAAUUGAGGCUUGGAUAACUAUGGCGGAGGAUGAAAUGGCUUUUCUUUCAGAUGAACUUCUUUCCCUCGAAACCAAUUCCUUACCGUAA